ACAAAGUUCAAAGCUCCACUUCCAUUGCUUUCUUUCUUUCCCUCCUCACUCUGUGUUGCUGCCGUGCUAUCCAUUAUAAUAAUAAUAAUGAUGACUUCAAUCUCAUGCAAGCUCUCACUACCAAUCAUUUCCUUAUCAUCUUCUUCUUCGAACUCCAAUUCCUCAAAGAAGUGUUCAGCGAAGGUAACAAGAGAGGACUGGAGGCAACGUUCCAAACCCAUUCCACCAGGUGGCAUUUAUCCAGCAAAAGACCACUGCAGUCGAUGUGGCUUAUGUGAUACUUACUACAUAGCCCAUGUCAAGAAUGCUUGUGCUUUUCUAGGUGAUGGAAUGGCCAAAAUCGAAGGUUUGGAACCUGUAGUCCAUGGCAGAGGGAGGAAGGCAGAUUCUUUUGAUGAGACAUACUUUGGGGUCCAUGAGGAGCUUUUGUAUGCUCGUAAAACAAAGCCUGUUGAAGGAGCUCAAUGGACCGGAAUAGUGACUUCUAUUGCAAUUGAGAUGCUGAAAUCUGGCAUGGUCGAGGCUGUUAUAUGUGUACAGAGUGAUCCAGAGGACAGAUUCUCUCCCAGGCCUGUUUUAGCCAGGACACCAGAUGAAGUUCUAGCAGCAAAAGGGGUCAAGCCAACACUAUCCCCUAAUCUGAAUACCCUUGCACUGGUUGAGGCUGCUGGUGUCAAGCGUCUUCUUUUCUGUGGCGUGGGUUGCCAAGUGCAAGCAUUAAGAUCUGUGGAGCACCAUCUGAAUUUGGACAAGCUUUAUGUACUGGGCACCAACUGUGUGGAUAACGGAACCCGAGAAGGGCUUGAUAAGUUUCUAAAGGCUGCUAGUGAUGAACCAGAAACUGUUCUCCAUUAUGAGUUUAUGCAAGACUACAAGGUCCAUUUGAAGCACUUGGAUGGCCGUAUUGAAGAGGUUCCUUAUUUCUGUCUGCCAGCAAACGAGUUAGUUGAUGUUAUUGCACCUUCAUGCUAUAGCUGCUUCGACUACACAAAUGCUUUAGCGGAUCUGGUGGUUGGAUACAUGGGUGUGCCAAAGUAUCCUGGGGUCAGCAUGACACAACAUCCACAAUAUAUUACAGUAAGAAAUGAACGAGGAAGAGAAAUGAUUGGUUUGGUAAAAAACCUAUUGGAGAUUACCCCAACAAUCAAUAGUGGUGACCGGAGACCAUUUGUUAUGGAGACUGUCAAUGCUGAUGAUAAUGCAAAGCUGGGAAAGGGUCCUUCUCAACCUGUCCCAAAGUUCAUUGGAAAUUUUAUAGCGUUUUUACUAAACUUGGUUGGUCCAAAGGGUCUGGAAUUUGCUCGUUAUUCACUAGACUACCAUACCAUCAGAAACUAUUUGUACACAAACCGUGCUUGGGGAAAAGAUAGAGCUGACAGGCACACACCUUCAUACGCGAAGAAAAUUGUGGAAUCAUACAACAAGAAUGGUCAGAUUGAUCUGAUGCUACAGAACAAGUGAUGCUGAAGCUGCUUCCAUGUAUGUGAAAAUUUUGAACUUGUAUUGUAUAUGUAUUAAGGUUAUUUUUAGGCGAUGACAUGGUAUAUCUUGCAGCUUAAAAUUUCACAAGUGACUGUCAGGUGCUUCCAUGUAAGCCAUAUAACUAUUGACUUGCUUGUUAGCUUAUCCUUAACUAUUUUCCUUGAAAAAAAUUAAUUCUUUUGAUAGUUUA